UCUCUUCCUCUGCUGCAGCUGGAGGGUAACAGCGGGAGACCCGUGAGAGUGAAGCCGCUCAAGUGACGCUGUAAGUCGGAGAGGGAAAGACGGGAGAGACGCCGCCUCGUUCUGAACAAUAGCAUGAGGAAAAGUUUGUGAGCUGAUCAUGGAUCCUCCACACCACUCAACGAAGGGCUGGCAGAACCUCUAAAUGUCAGCCGCCUGCAGGAGAGAGACCUGAUGCCUGACUCCCUGCUUCUGUGGAAAUACCAGGUCAGCAGUUGAAGCCUCACAAGAACAUGACGGCGUGAGUCAUGUCGGAAUUCAUGAGCCGCACCGGACCUUGCACGAGCUUGCUCCGGGGCAGACGUUUCUACUGUCGGGAAUGGGCCCUGGACAAGCUAAAGCACUGCCUGGAUUCCCGCGCCAGCCCGGGUCAGCCGCCCGGGCUGCUGGUCACCGGCGGGCCAGGGGUUGGUAAAACAGCACUCUGCACUGAGGCAGUGUGGCCCACAUCGAAAGCAGGGUUGGCAGUCGGGCUGGCACCACGAUGCCUGGCCUCACACUUCUGCAAGCGGGAGGACCAGAGAAGCACUGUCCCCUGGAGGUUUGUUUUGGGCCUGGUGGACCAGCUGAGGUCCUCGCCGCUGCUCCCAUCUGAGUACAAUGAGAUCCUCAGGAGCCCAUCUGUGUCCUCAACCCUGGACCCUCUCCACUGUCAAAGAGCACCUGACGACACUUUCAAGAGGGCUGUGUUGGGACCUCUGCUUGACCUCCCUCCUCCUCCCAGAUCACUGAUGCUAGUGGUCGAUUCCCUGGAUGCAGGAAAUGUGACAAAUGGAGGAGAUGGAAGCAACUUUUCCAUUGCUGAGCUUCUGGCUGUCAACCAACACUUGCUGCCUGACUGGCUGCUGCUCAUCUGUUCAGUCCGGCGUCAAAACAAGACCAUAUGCAAAAUGUUCUCAGGUUUUCGUCGGCUCUGCCUUGAUGAUCUGCGUAAGCCCCAGCCGGUACGAGACGUGCAGCAAUAUAUCCUCUGUCGUCUGGAAGAGGAAGCGUCCCUUCGUCGCCAGCUCACGCCUGAAACAGCCAGCAUGUUGAACCUGCUUCACAUUAAAAGCGGUGGCUGCUUUCUCUUCCUUGAAAAAGUUCUGGAUGGUGUCGUUGCUGCCCUGGUGGGUCUCCGUGAAAUUAGGGACAUCCCUGGGACCCUCAACGGUCUCUACCUGUGGCUGUGCCAAAGACUCUUCCCCCGCGGACUCUUUGUCUAUGCAAAGCCUCUGCUUAAUGUCCUUUUAGCAGCCCCGAGACCUCUCACACUGCAGCAGCUGUUUGAAGCUGCGAGAACUCAAGACACUUUACUCAGCUCCCAGGAGUUCCAGAACAAGCUCCGAACGCUUGCGCCCCUUUUGAUUGACGGACCCGACGGAAGCAAACUGCUUUUUCAUACUAGCUUCGCGGAGUGGCUGACUGAUAUAAAAUACUGCACACAGAAGUAUCUGUGUAGCACACAAGAAGGUCACAGCAUGCUUGCAAUGGCUCUUACCUUGCAGGCACCACACCUGGAUGUCGAGGACACCUGCCAACUGGCCACACAUUUAGUUUGCUCUGGUCACCACCAAAAUAAUCCUUCUUUGUUAGCGCUAUGGCUACUGUGGACAGACAUUUCUGAUCUGAGCACCUGUUCAACAUCUUCAAGUCCGGUUCUUGUCAGCCAGGAAGUCUUUCAACUCUUGCAGAUGAGUGGAAUCAUUUCUGGAGGCAGUUUGCAAUCCAGACGUGGAGUCCACUGUAUUGCCGGCUCAAGGACCAAUGCCAACCAGUCUUUUGAAAAAGAAAUGUUUGUAAAGAAGCUGCUGGAAAGUGGAGCAUCUGUAAACCAGGUCAGCGCUGCUACUGGACUGACCUUGCUCGCAAGUGCCGCUCAUGAGGGCUCUGCCAACAUAGCCAGGCUUCUGCUAGCGCAUGGAUCGGAUCCUCUUAUCAGUGACCAACAUGGACAAACUCCUCUGAUCUUGGCUUCGAGACAGGCUCAUGUUGAAGUAAUGCAUCUGAUUAUCGAAUGGACCCAAAACCAGGCGCCAGAAACCACCCUGCUUCUCAUGGAGCAUGUGGACAACGAAGGCUGGACGGCACUCCGCUCUGCGGCUUGGGGUGGGCAUAGUGAGGCAGUGAAACUUCUGCUUGAUGCUGGCGCAGAUGUGGAUGGUUGCGAUGCCGAUGGCCGCACUGCUCUCAGAGCAGCAGCUUGGGGUGGUCAUGAGGAAACAGUCCGAACACUGUUGAGGUAUGGGGCGCAGGUUGAUAAAGCGGACGUCAAAGGGUGCACGCCACUCAUUGCUGCUGCCUAUAUGGGACAUCAUGAAGCCGUGGAGGUUUUGCUAGACCACAAUGCAGACGUCAAUUUAGCCGAUGGAGAUGGGCGCUCUGCUCUAUCUGUCGCUGCCCUGUGUGUCCCCACGGCAGAAGGUAUUAAAGGGUAUAGUGAGGUGGCAAGUCUGUUACUGGAGCGAGGCGCUGAUCCGUGCCACAGGGACCAUGAUGGUAUGACACCAUUGCUUCUUGCUGCAUACGAGGGGCAUUAUGAGAUUGUAGAGCUUUUACUUGAAGCUGGUGCUGAUGUAGAUGAGACAGCUGUGCCUCAGGGAAACUGUCCAGCUGCUGCCAUCACUCCUCUACUUGCUGCUGCCGCGAUGGGCCACAUGAGAACAGUGUCCAGGCUACUUUUCUGGGCUGCAGCUGUUGACGCCAUCGAUUGUGAAGGCAGGACAGCACUCUGUUUAGCAGCAGCAAGGGGGAGCACAGAGGUUGUCCGUGCCCUGUUAGAGAGAGGCCUGGAUGAGAACCAUAAGGAUGAUCUCGGUUGGACUCCAUUGCAUGCAGCUGCCUGUGAAGGCCACCGGGCUGUGUGUGCCGCGUUGACGGAGCGCGGAAGCAUGGCCCAUGUUGGAGACAUGGACAUUGAGGGCCGUACGCCGCUUAUUCUGGCCGCUCAGGAAGGUCAUCUUAGCACAGUGAGGUUGCUUUUGGACAGGCGGUCACCUAUUGAUCAUCGGGCAUACGAUGGUCACUCUGCUCUCAGCGGUGCAUUCCUGGAGGGUCAUGCUGAGGUAACAGAGCUGUUAAUGAGAAGAGGUGCUGAUACCGAUGUGAGGGAUGCAGAGGGAAGACCUCUCCUCUAUCUUCUUGUAUUGGAAGGCCAACUUGAUUUGGCUUCUCUCCUUAUCGAGAAAGGUGGAGUACCCCUGGAAUCCAGAGACUCUGAAGGCCGCACCGCUCUUCAUGUGGCUUGCUGGCAGGGAAGUCUUGAGUUGGUAGAUUUACUGUUACAGCAUGGGGCCAAUCCAAAUGCACAGGAUACAGAUGGAAGACCACCAAUGCACUCAGUGGCUUGGACAGGACACGCAGAUGUGGGGAAACGUCUGCUAGGAGUUGGUGGGGUUCAUAUUGACCUUGCCUGCCAUCAGGGGGCAACAGCUCUGAGCAUUGCUGCUCAAGUAGGCCAUACGAACAUUGUCGCAAUGCUCCUGGAAAAGGGGGCAAAUCCCAACCACAUGGAUAAAUAUGGCCGCAGUCCCGUGAAAGUGGCUGGUAAGCAAAAACACUUUGACAUUGUCAGACUCCUGGAGAGGUUUGGAGCUAGACCUUACCAUGGUCCCAACUGUGCUAUUGCCUCGCCGUCCAAACCCUCCACCAACUUUUCUUCGAGGGUCUUGGCCUGUAACGGGGUUGACGUCUUGACUUCCACCUCGUCUUCCUCAAUGUCGUCCCCCAGCUCGACGGCGGAACGGUUCCACUCCAUGCAAGGCUCUCAGACCUCAUCCACUUGUCACUCGCUUGCCACCGUGCAAACAGUGCCGGCAGACAGUCUCAGUUUCAUUCAGCAAAUCCAACAGCACUCACUGCCCCGCAGUCGGAGCCGUCCCUCCACCCUCACUCAGCCUGGCAGCUUGGCUCACAACAAGCUCCAUGGUAGCUGCCAGCAACAAGUAAAGGGAAGCCCCCCUCCAUCUGUUUGCACAGUCACCGCGAUGAUACACAACUGUGAAUUGUCUCCCAAAGACUCUUAUAAUAGACAUGACUACAACGAGAAACUGAACAAACGCAACCUCAUUAAAGCAGACCGCGUUACUUACUCUGCCGACAAAUGGCAGUCAUUCAUAUCGUCUUUGGGAGUGUCACCAACUCAAGACAGCUUAGCACUUGUGAAGGACAGAGAGAGUGCACCUGUAGGAUAUCCACACAAGUUACAGAGUCCCCUCCAGGGACAAGCCUGGGAUUCUUUACCAGAGGGCCACAUUUUGUCACCAAGUUGUUACAGUUUCGCCCCAGUGCCUCCUUUUAGUGCCUUGACAAGCGACGUUAUGGUUUCCAUGACAUCCACUGACCCCAAACUCAACCUAAAACAGGCGAUUAAACUUCAGUUUGAGGGUCCCACCAGUGUGGCCUACAGCAAGAGAGAAACACCCCUGUGAGUGACACUAAACAACAAACUGACACAGGGAUGAUCUACUGAAUGAAUGGGCCUGACCCUAAUUCAAUUGUGUCGGCUGUGUUUUUAUCCUUAGUUUAAUUCAGAGUGGCUUCAUGGAAAUGCUAUUUGAAUUUACUAGGUAUAUUUGUGAAUUUAAACGAUAAAUGUAUGUGCCGUGCACAGAGAGCACACGUUGUAGCUUCAGAACAAUGCUUCCACAGGAGGAACUGACACACUUCCUGUCUGUUCCCCAGCAAUGCAUUUCAUCUUUAAUUUAAAACCUGACAUUGUCUUUGUCAUUGCGCCACAUCCAGCCAUUUUACUGUUUACAAACACACUGCUGAUAUGGGAAAAUACUUUGCCUUGUGGCGUAAUUUAAUGAUGAUUUGGAUUUUCUAUG